GUAUGCAGGCACCACCACCCGUCGAUCGCGGGGCUACAAGGUAGAAGGUAGACGAUGCGGAGAAGAGUGAAUCCGGCAAUCAGCGUGACGCCUCCAUGCUCGUGCGGUACCAUGGUCUCCGCCGGGGUGGGUUUAUUAUCCGGCUUGCUUUCAUAUACCCCCCUACGCUUCUAUGCCUUUAUCGUUCCCCUACAGUCGAGCUUCCGCUGGUCUCUUCGCGAUGCUGUUCAACUCUCUUGUCUUCCGGCUAUGCCUGUUUCUACCAACGGUCCUGGCCAAUCCCUAUGUACCCAAGGAAUACCACAAUGGCCGGAAAACAUGUACCGUAUACGCGCUCGGCAGCAAGAAAGACGACGUACCAAACAUCCUCGAUGCGUUUUCGGAAUGCGGAAAUGGCGGUACCAUUGUCUUCCCCCGAGGACAAGAGUACUGGGUUGCGCAGCGCCUUAAUCCUGUCGUCCAUGACGUGAAGAUAGAUUGGCGUGGGCAAUGGACCUUCUCGGAUGACCUGGCUUACUGGCGGAACAAUUCAUACACGAUCUACUUCCAAAACCAUCGCGCGGGUUUCGUUCUUUCUGGCUCGCACAUCCGCAUCAAUGGCCAUACCACCGACUACACCCACAUCAACGGAAACGGCGAUGUGUGGUACACCGCUGAAGCUGGUAACACCCAGCCUGGACGCCCAAUGCCCUUCGUCUUCUGGAAUGUAUCCGACGUCAGCGUUUCUGACUUCCAUAUCAAAGAUCCCCAGCUCUGGUCUAUCAAUAUCAUGAACGGUACCAACAUGAUGUUCAAAAAUAUGAAAGCCAAUGCGACCGCCACGCAAGCCCCAUAUGGCUCCAACUGGGUCCAGAAUACUGACGGUUUCGACACCAUGGAUGCACGGAACGUAACCCUAGACGGAUUGUGGUACCAGGGUGGCGAUGACUGCAUCGCUGUUAAACCUCGCUCAUAUAGCAUCACCGUGCGCAACAUUUACUGCCACGGAGGCAAUGGCAUCGCCAUCGGGUCUCUCGGCCAAUAUCUCGAAGACUCUUCUGUUGAGAAUGUGGUGAUUGAUAACGUUGACGUUGUCCGCUACAACGAGGAUAUGCACAAUUGCGCCUAUAUCAAAACCUGGAUGGGCCACCUCGUACCGCAGUCGUCAUAUGAGAGUGCCGGACAGCCCCGCGGCGGUGGAUGGGGCAACGUAACCAACGUCACCUUCAGCAACUUCCGUGUGCAAGGCGCCGAUGGCGUCCCAUCCAUCAACCAGGAUAACGGCAACAACGGAAGCUACUCCGGAACGAGCAAGAUGCAGGUUAACGACAUACGAUUCGUGAAUUUUACAGGAUAUCUGAACGGGAAGACGUCGAAGGGGAGUGUGAGUUGCAGCACCGUGCACCCGUGCUAUGAUAUCUACUUUGAGAACAUCGACUUGAAGAGCGCAACCAAUGGGACAGAGAAUAUGAAUGGAGCUUGUAAGUAUAUUGCACAGGGAGGUGUGCAUGGACUUGCGGGGAGCGGAUGCUAGAAAGGCGAGUGGUAAUAGAACACGGACGAUAUCUGCCCAAGAAUAAUGGUGGCAACCAAGAAGAGAAGCCCG